AUGGAUACCAAAGGACCCAACAUCUUAAAAGAAAAAUUUGAACAAUCGCUAAGGGAGCUGAAGGACAGGAAAGGAACUGCUUAUGAAUAUGGCACAAUCCCUACCGAUUUAACUCAUAGUGAAAUAAUCACCUUACCGAAAAAAGGAAACUCCACUGUCUGUUCAAAUUACAGAACAAUUGCUCUACUAUCACACUCAUUCAAGAAACUGAUAAAUAUAGUAAAAAACAGGAUUGAGAAAAGGGUUGAUGAAAGAAUUGACGAGGACCAAUUUAGUUUUAGAUGUGGAAGAGGCACAAGAGAGGCAAUUUUAUCUCUACGAGGGAUCUUAGAAAGGAGAAUAGAGAUAGGUAAAAGCACUUACGUAGCCUUCGUAGAUGUUGAGAAAGCAUUUGACAAAGUCAACUGA